AUGGUGCAGCCGUCGACACAGGCAUCUAAUGCCGUUAUCUUCGUCACCUACAGCCUUUUCCUCUUGAUGGGACUGGGCAUGGCCUACCGGUACAGACAUGACCUCAAGGGCGGGUUCCUGUCUGGAAACCGAACACGGACGGCUAUCCCCGUCGCUCUUAAUUUCAUCGCCAGUGGUGAGUGCAGGCGUCUACGCCUAGCGUAG